ACGGAGCAUGCAGCCUUUAUCGACAGCCUUUGAGGAGAAAUUCCUCAGGAAUGCUGGAGGGACUUGUGAUGUAUUGUUGAAGGGAGCUAGCAGAGUAUUGGAGUACAACACCCCAUUCCUUCCUGAAUCGCUGCGAAUAACCAAUUAUGAUUACGCUAAAUCACGGGAAUUUGAUCAUUUUAACAAGGCAGUCCAAUUGCAUCGCGAGCAAUAUAGAAAUGCAGACGGGACGAUCCACCCCCUGAGGUACUUCCGGACACACGAUACGGAUGACCCGACGAAAUCAUACUUUUGCAAAUACCCCGUGACCUACGUUAAAUAUAAAAACCCUCCUGUUCUGCCACGUACCUACAGCCGAGCAAUAAAACUUCCCUCGCUUCCCGUGCGAAAAAAUCCGAGGAUUUACAAUCCGGCUCCUUGUACUGCUUACAAAUUUUGAAAGAUAAGUCGUAAAGUAUGCAAUACAUGCAGAUGGAUAAUUAAUGUUGAAGUCGUUGGCUAUAGUAACAAAUGUAAGCGCUGCUCCACACGAAUCCCCUUUCGAAUUGUCCAUGAAAGCUUUAUUCGUCUUUUGAAGGAUUAUCUCAUCAUGGAAUAUUUCACGUUUAAUUCCCCAUGUUGCAUUCUAAUAAAGUAUAAAUGCUGAUGAAUAGUUUACUUUAAUAAAGAGCA